AUGCCGACAAUUGUACGCAACGCCUUAGGCAACGAGGCCACAAGCACUGUGGUUUCGUUUGCCGCGAAUGAGGCUCGCUCUUUCGGCGAGAACGCGGCGGCGCGGGAUGUGACAAAGGCGUCCGAGACCAUCGUCGACCUCGCGCCGUGGAUCUUCGGCUACACAUCUGGCGAGCAGGCGCCAAAGGACACUGCUGUGUCACUGCAGGUGGUGUCACCAGCUACUGCCAUGUCCGAGGCUGUCCUCUUGAAAUCCCGGCAACUGGGCACACAGGAGCACCUUACCCACCCGGCACAGGUGGCCGCCUUCUACCUCAAGUCGCUCCUGCAGUUCUUGCCGGAUCAAGAGAUGAUGCGGACUGCUCCGAUCUGCCUGGCCGUGCCAUCCGCGGCAAACGCCGCUUCCUUCGAAGCGCUCCGCCAAGCCACUUUGCUCGCUGGCGUGCCCCAAGAGCACACGGUCAUCGCCCACUCAGACGAGGCCACCGCCGUGUAUUUUCACCACCUCCAGUACAGAAACCUCCCCGCCGUGCACGACGGCACCGCAGUGCCAGUGGUGGUGAUCGACAUUGGGCAGAGUUGCUCUGUGGCCUCCCUCAUCAUUGCUUCCCAGCCGCGCGUGGAGAAGGUGGAUUGCCAGACGCUACGCAUGGGUAGCGAGUAUAUCGACGCUCUUCUCUGCAGCCACGUAUACGGUGAGCUCGACAAGAAAUUUGGUGCGGCGGCGGCCCCCUUGCGCGGCGACAUCAAAUCGUUUCGCAAGAUCCUCCGCGAGUGCCGAAAGGCCAAAGAGGUGCUCUCGACGACAGACGAGACGCGGGUGCAGCUAGAGGGGCUGCACGGCGACAUCGACAUCAUCGUUUCCCUAACACGUGCAAUGAUGGAACAGGCGGCGCUGCCGUUUCUGCAGGCAGUACGCGCGAUGCUCACAGCUAUCAAAGAAAAGCUACCGGCGCCGAACGCGGUGGAGGACGGUACAGGCGAGGUAGCCGAGGUCCCCCGUGUCGAGGUGAUUGGCGGUGGGUGGCGCUCUGCGUGCAUCAUGGAGGUCAUCAAGGAGGUGUUCGGCAUCACGCGUGUGGGUGUCUCGCUCGACGCGAACCUCAGCGUGGCGGAGGGCAGCGCAAUCCUCGCUGAGGUGCGGCGGCUGAGCGUUGCAAGGCAGCAGCAACAGCAGCAGGACGAGGAGCAGACUGCACAAUCCACCGCCGCAUCGCCAGUUGCGGAGGUUCACCACGUCGAGCUCACUGGCUUUGAGGUUCUCGACGCGAGCUCCCCUAUCUGUCAACCGCUUUCCGAGGAAGCUGUGGCGGCCGUGGCGGAGUGGAUGGUGCUGGAGAAACAGAUGGAGAGCAACGACGCCCGCAUCCACGAGCGACUGGCCGCGCUGAAUGAGCUUGACUCGUAUGUUCUGCAGACCCUGACCGCCAUCGACAACUGCGUCGCAUCGAGCGAUAAGAAGGCCGAGAUGCGGUCCUACAUUGAGAAGAUCGACAUAUACGUGCGCAACGAGGGUGAUGAGGCAAGCACGGCAGACUUGAGCGAGAAGCUGGCGGCGGUGCAGGCCCACGUCACAGAGCAUUUUCCUGAGCUAGCGGUGUAUUACGAGAGCGUGCGUGAGGCAGAGAAGAAAAAGGAGGAGGAGUUGACCAAACUGAGCAAAGAGCGGCAGGAGGACGAGUCCGAGCUGAAGAGCGACCCCCAACGUCUGCGCAUGGCUCAGAAGCGGCGUGAGCAGGGGCAGGGCUUGUUCAAGGAGGAGUGCUGGGCUGAAGCACAGACGCGUUUUGUACAGGCGCUCUCCAUCCUUGGCCAGCUCUACGACAUAAGCAGCGAGGAGAACAGGACGAAGAAGCACGAGAUUUCCCUCUCGUGCUACCUCAACAUUGCCUCCUGCAGUGUCAAGCUAGGGCUGUGGAAGAACGCUGUGAACAACUGCACUCACGCCCUUGAACUAGUGCCAGAUCACCCGAAGGCUCUCUUCCGCCGCGGGCAGGCCUACAGCGCGCUGAAGGAGUACAAGGAGGCGGUAGCGGAUCUGGAGAAGGCCAAGUCGGUUUCACAGCACGACCCGGUUGUCACGGCAGAGCUGACCAGGGCCAAGGCCGCUCUGGAGGCUGAAAAGGUAAAGGAAAAGAAAAUGUUUGCCAAGAUGUUCUCAUAG